AUGUACUCAGUAAUAUCCUUGAUAAGACUGAUAUGUCUAAAAAUAAAAUUUGCAGCAUUUGCAAUUGCAAUUGCUGGUCACAUUAUAAAUACGCCUUCUCCACAAGAAUUCAAAAGUCGUUUAAAAGGUCAGGUGGUUUGUUAUUCAUGUCUGGCUUUUAUACGUGAUCACACUUCACAACAAUCAAGCAGGAUAUAUUUAGAAUUCAGCACAAAUGUCACAGAUUUGUAUAAAACGCUUCAGAAAGGUGGACUAAUUAUACCAAAAUAUUCACCAAACUGUGCAGAAAUUUAUUCUUUCAAUGUACCAAAUUAUUAUGGAGUGGAUUUGGUAUUCUGCCCAAAUACUGUCACUGAAGCUGGUGCCUGUGUUAAACUCAAAGGACAUUAUAAUGGUGAUCAGUACAUUUAUCGUAAUUGUUGGAAUAAUAUGUGGAUUGAUAAACGACCAUAUGCAAGACAAAUGUCUGAACGUUGUUACACUGAUGAAUUAGUGCAAAACUUUGUGGCAACAACCAACAACAAAAUAUGUUUUUGUGAAGAUGACCUUUGCAAUGGAAGUAACGCAAUAGUAAUAUACAAUUAUUAUCCACGCCUGUUGGCCUUAUUUGUUAUAAUUUUAUGUUUCAGUCAACUACAUUUUUUAUAA